AUGGUCUACUCACAAACUGUCAUCAAAGUACAUCAUCCCCCUGAUACACAUCUUUGCACUACUGUAACUGACAACAAGAAGUAUGUUUCGCAAUUCUUCCAGGUCGAAAUCGCACUCGCAUCAUCGCUCGUCUCGAUCGAGUACAGCAGCAACAGCAUCAUCAAGUGCCAUCUGCAGGACGUGGACUGGAAGAAUCAGAUCAGGCAUAGAGUCGAUGAAGUGAUGCAAUUUCUCAGAUUCAGGACGCCUCUCGCAACAUUCAGUAUAUCGAACAGUUGUAUUCAAGCAUGGGUUGGUAUACGCUUUGGAUCAAAUCCAAAUUCGAAGUCAUGCAAUUUGCUUUUUGAUUCGGGCUCCUAUGUAACAUGGCUCAAUGAAGACAUAUACAAGCAGAUUUGUACAGCUACGGGAGCGGACCAAGGGACUGAUUGUCAUAAACAGGUGUUACUCCGUUAUGAUAAUGGAAGACAGCAAGUCACUGGCAAACUAUACAAGAACUCAGUCACGAUUGGCAAUGUGACAAUCAGAGAUCAGGAAUUUGCGCUUGUUGAUCAGCAGGAAUUUGGAAGAUUGGAAGAAACACUCAAUGUAGAAGGUAACUAUCUGGAUGGAAUAGUUGGGUUUGGAAGGUCGCUGGACAAAUGUGUCAUAGGCGACCCGGACUAUAAAGUCGUUUCGAUACUCGACCAUCUACUGCAAAGGCAAGGGACAAAUUGCAGAGCACUUGGCAUAGAUUUGAAGAUUCCGUCAAACAACGAGCACACAGUAGUGGGUGAAGUACAUAUUGGCGGAUAUAGGCGAAGCUUGUUUAAACCGGAUGAAAUAACAUGGGUUCCAAUGAACCGCCAAAGUCUUCUCAUCCCCUACUCCUUUGAUAUGGGUAUCUCAUAUCAGGCACGACCCAUAACACUGCGGCGAUUUCCGACAUUCAUUGACUCUGGCUCACCAUUCAUAACUCUUCCAGGUUAUGCUUUGGCGAAUUACAUUAAUGCAGUCGAAGAGGUGUCAGGCAACAAGAUAAAAUUUGAAUACGACAGUGAACAAGGACUCCAUUACAUUUCAAGGAAAAACUAUGACAAGCUUAAGGAUGCAGAGCUGAACUUUGAUGGCCAGAAUAAAAGGCUCCCAAAACAUAUGCUAAUACUGCCCUCUGACAAAUUAAGACGAUGGAUAGCCAGUGUACCUGCAGGACGCUUGUACCUUGCCUUGCGAGAUGGUGGAGAUGUGGAUUAUAUAAUCUUAGGUCUUUCAUGGGCGUGGAGAUACUACCUGAUUGGCGACAUGGUAAAUUCUAGAGUCGGAAUUGCAAAGGUGAAAGAAAAGACGGAUUAUAUCUGGAGAGAACUUCGUUGA